GUGGCUGCCCGGCCACCACGCCGGCAUAACUGUUUCGAUCGGGUCGGUUUUGUGCGGCGCUCCACCACGCAUUGCGUCACGCAACCUGGCAUCGCGCACCCCUCUCUGUCUUGCUUCCUCUCGCUUUCUCGGUGGUGCUCUCCGCUCGGAGAGUAUACGUUUCUCCGGAAGCAGCCGACGCGCCGGCCGGGCGCGCACGAAUCGCGGCGUACGGGGGCGCGCGAGCGAGCCGGGGGUUGCACGGAACGAGCAGUGUGCUCGCAAGGGUUGCCUCGGCUUGCCAGGCACGCCGCCAGUGCAGCCGCCGGUUUGGAUAGUACGGCGAUGCGUUCGGCUGUGCUGAAGCUGAGCUGAGCUGAGCGCGCGCGAGAGAAGGAGAAGGCUCCUUCUUCUUCGCUCAUCCUGUUCGCGACUUGCCUUGGAGGGGUGAAGAGGACAGGACGAUAAGGAUGCCAGCAGCCGGUGCGGCCGUGCCGGCCGUCGCCGAAGGAGCCGGUCAGCUGGAGGAUCUGGACGAACCACCGGAGCCACGUGCUCGCGGCGGUGGCGGACGGACCGGCCUGAUGAAACCCCUGGUGGUGCUGGCUCUACCCGGGAUGUACCUCUUCUACAAGUACAGCCAGUACAGGCGGGAGCAGCGCGAGCUCUCUCGCAGAAGAGUCACCGAGAGGGAGCUGCAACAUCUUCAUCACAAAAUCGACAAGCUGCUGACGAAACUGGAGGAAAAUGAGCCGGAGCUGGCAUCUUCGCAGGAAGAUGAGUGCGUCAUAUGCGUGAACGCGAGAGCGACGAUGCAAACUGCACCGUGUGGACAUCGAGUGGUGUGCAGACGCUGCUUCGUCAAGACGAUACAAAUGGCGGUGUCUCAGAGGCUUCUGCCGCUAAGAUGCGUUAUAUGCAGAGCGAAGAUUCUACGACUGAAGCAGACUCUCAUUCCGCGUGACUAUUCGAUGUCGGGUAAAUCCUGGGUACUGCCUCAAAGCGCAUCAGAGUACAACAUGGGCACAGGUGUAUCCGCCGGUGUAUCCGGUCCCGGUGGCAGAUGGGGAACCGGAAGCGUACCAGCCUCUGCCUCUUUAUACUCGAUGGCCAGUGGUUCGUCCUCCAUUUCUGGAGUGUCUUCCGUCUCUUCGGCAACUUCCUCGUCCGCGCAUAGCACCGGAAGUUCCAUUCUCGGCAAACCUACGAGGGUACGGCAACCCACAGGCGCCACUUUCAGACGUUCCCAGACGCAAUCGAUGAAAAUGCGAAUUCAGGAGUACCAGGAUCCGAUUCAACAGAUCAGCGAGGAGGAGGAAAUCCGGGAGCGCCGAUUGCCGCCAAUCAAGGAGUUCCAGAGGGACUAUCGCGCUGGCAAAGCCUCCACUAGAAUCAGAUGUGCUCAAAAGAUCGUGACGCAGCUGGAAACGUCACCGAGUCCGAGGGGUACGUCCGGCACGACGUCGACGUCAUCGGCAUCAUCGUGCGGCCGCGCUGCAUCGAAGCGACCGGCGUCGACGCCGAAGAUGUCGGUGGUCCAGGAGGUGCAGAAGUCGAAGAAGGAGAAGGAACGGGAGAAGGAGCGGGAGAAGGCGGAAAAGGCCCGGCAAAAGGAGGAAGAAAAGGCGGAAAAGACGAGGCAGAAGGAGGCGAAGAAGCUGGCGAAGGAAGAGAAAAAGAGGGCGAAGAAGGAAGCGAAGGCACGGCGAAAGGAAGCCGAAGAGGCCCUCCUGAGGGACGAAAAGUAGAGUUCCAAUUAAUCGCAAGCAGAAAAAUCUCGAGAUGAGUAUCGCGAGGUCGAUCGUUGCGGCGUACGGGCGUACCUGAAGAGUCCUCCGCGAAUAACGGUGAUUUCCGGUAUAUGCUGUAGCCGCGAAAGAUCGAUAGCGAUGUACGGGAUGGGUCACGGAUGUUCGCGUUGUAAUUGCAAAUGUUAAGUGGCGCUCUUUGCAAAGGACGUCGUCUCUUGAAAAUUGCAGCAGCCAGUUAUCAACUAAUGAAUAUGGCCUAGCAUGAAAGCGGUUCUUCCGAGAAGCGAGCACUCGGCACGAUUAUAGAGAUUGUGUCGGUGCGUUAAUCAAUUCGAGAGAUAGGUCAUCAGGUUUAUUUAUUCGGCUUGUUCGUUGCUUGAAUCUCGAUAACUGCCGGCGAAGAAAUGUCUCGAAUAAUCUGUAACUCGUCCCGAAAUACUCGGCAUCUCGUAGGUUAGCAAAAAGACGGUGAAAAGAAGUAUACCUAAAAAAAAAUCUAGAAGCGGCCAAACUUAGUAACCUGUCAUAUCGAGUUAUCGCGGACUAAUACUAUUAUCGAUAGGAAAACUCGAGCAUAGCGCUACAAUUUAGAAUCCAAGCGAAUUAUUUUCAAUCUUAUUACUCUCCUGUCGAUUUUUUCGAAUUAUUCCGAAAUCGUAUCUCAUUCUUUUGAAACUUACUCGAAUCGCAUUCUGCCAAAAUCUGCCAUGAGAUUUUCAUUCAGUUCUCAACCAGUUGACGAAACCUUAGAGUUAAUAAAGACGUCGCGCUGAUGUCAUCUCUGACCGAUUAUACAAAUCAUCGUAUAAAGUAUGUACAUUCAAUUCACAGUUGAUUCGCUUGCACGACGAACAUCUUCGUCGCGACGUUUAAUCGCCUACCGCCAAUUCGAGAUAAUCGAUAAUCCCGUUCCUCCAGUCAAUUUAGACCAGUCGCGUUCUCGACUACGAAAUUAGAAAAAAAAACGAUACUCUCGAUUUUUUUUUAUUUGCACCGUGCUCCCAACAUCUUAUUUCAAAACAUUCUAGAAAAUCGCGCGAAGGGCAAAGGGUGCUUGCAAAAUAUAAAUCAAAUUUUUGUCUAUUUUAAUAGUAACUCAAUAAGAAAA